AUGCCAUUAUCAAAUGCUACUAUUGCUGAAAUUAACGCUCUUAAUUAUGCCAAUGAAAUAUUUUACUUAUUUUGGGCUUUUGCAUUAAUUGCUCUUGGCACAAUCGGUCAUUCAUUAAGCAUUUAUGUGUUUACACGUCCGAUACUUCGUUCCAAUCCAUGUGCAUGUUACUUUUUAUCAGCAACGAUAAUAGGCUUGUUUGUGACAUAUGUCAAUACACCACUACGUCUUCUUCAAUAUAUCUACAAUUAUGAUGUUUUUAAAUACUCAACUGCAUCAUGUAAAAUUCUUACAUGGAUUUUGCUUUGUGCCCGGGCUCUAGCAUCAUGGUUUAUCGUUCUUGCUUCUAUUGAUCGCUUAGGUCCAUCGGUUAUUAUGCUUAUUUUUGGAUCGCUCACCAUUCGACAUGUUCAACAUUCAGUAGGAAGAGUUAACGCAUCGCAUAUUACAACUAAAUCCGAAAAUGCAUCAGUAGCACCUAUACAAGAAAAACUACAACGUCAAAAGACAGCUGAUCGACAGUUAAUUCGAAUGAUGAUAGCUCAAUGUGCCUACUUUGCAGUGCUGACAACUCCUAUUUCAGGUUCCUAUAUCUAUAUUUCGCUAACGAUAAACACAGUAUUAGAUGAUCUCCAGUUUGCUCAAGUCAAUUUGUUCACAAACAUCGCCGGUCUGUUAUCUACCACGGGUGCUUGUACAAGUUUCUUUGUUUUUACAUUGUCAAGUAAGUUGUUUCGACAUGAACUCAAGCAUCUCUUCAUUUGGCGAUGGCGUUAG